CAGGAAAGAGACUGUACUCGUUCGGAGUAAAUACUCAAAUACUACAGUUUAUUACUUGACAUUUCACUGUACUCAUCUAUAUAUACACCAAGUAUACCACUCGAUACUUUUAAAUCCUCCUACUGUACAAGAGAUACUCUACAUCAUGUCCGCUAUGAAAGCAGCUGUUGUCCACGAAGCUGGACCACCCAAUAUCCUCAAGAUCGAAUCCAUUCCCAUCCCAGCCCCCAAGGACGAUGAAGUUCUCAUUCGCGUCAAGGCUUUCGGACUCAAUCGAUCCGAGAUGUUUACUCGUCAAGGCCAUUCGCCGGACGUCAAGUUCCCGCGCGUUCUCGGCAUCGAGGCUGUAGGCCUCGUCGCCAAAUGCCCAAGUGGACGGUUCAAGGAAGGGCAGAAAGUAGCAAGCGCCAUGGGUGGCAUGGGCCGUGAUUUCGACGGUGGAUAUGCCGAGUACACCUGUGUCAAAACCAAAAACACACAAGCCCUAGACACGAACCUGGAUUGGUCCACCAUUGGAGCCGUGCCCGAGAUGUUGCAGACCGCAUACGGCUCGCUGUUCAAAUCGCUGAAGCUCGAGUCUACCGAUCGCGUCUUGAUACGUGGCGGAACAACAUCCGUUGGUCUCGCGGCGGCAUCGAUCGCAAAGAAACAUGGCUGUUUCGUCGCCGGAACCACUCGCAGUUCGGGUCAAGCGAGCGCAGACGUCAUGAGGAAGAGCGGCGUGGAUCAAGUCAUCGUCGAUGAUGGCAAUGUCGCGGCCCAGGUUGGUGACAACUUCGACAAGGUUCUGGAGCUUAUUGGAACCGUGACCCUCGAGGAUUCUUUGAAGUGUAUCAAGGAAGGCGGAAUUGUGUGUGUGACGGGAAUCGUUGGCAACAAAUGGACCAUGGAUAACUUCGCUCCCAUGACCGCAAUAGGAUCGGCCAAAUAUCUCACCGCAUAUAGUGGUGGUCCAGACGAAUUCAUGGAUACCCCGUUGAAUGAUUUGCUGAAGCAGAUUGAUGCCGGCACCAUGCCGGUUCAGAUUGGAAAGGUUUUCAAGCUGGAUCAGAUUGUCCUGGCUCACGAGACACAAGAGAAGAAUACUGCUCGUGGCAAAAUCGUCGUCUUGACCGGAUGAACAAGUUACUUUCUCGUAACGACAAGGUGAUGGAAGUGAUAGGGACGGUCAUUUGUUUGACGCCGAAGAAAAAGUCGGCGGGACGGCUGCAGCGACUGAGACGAAAAAGGACUCUGACCAUUCAAGUAGAAGAUACUCGUAGUAUACGAGUAGCAAGAUCACGAUGCUCAGACGCUACCAGCCUUUACUAGGGUGAUGUCUCUCGUGUCGCUCUGCUAUGUUGAAUGUCAUUGCAGUUGGCCCA